CUCAUCCGGUCAUCCCGUAGCGAGCGAGACCAAGAGCGAGAGCUCCUCCGAUCUGACUUUGAUGGAGCCGAACGGCAUCGCCCGGCCGAUCAGAUGCAAAGCGGCGGUGUGCAAGGCGGCCGGGGAGCCGCUGGAGACGGUGGAGGUGGAGGUGGCGCCGCCGCGGGCGCACGAGGUCCGCAUCAGGGUCGUCUGCACCUCGCUCUGCCACACGGACAUCACCUUCUGGCGCAUGAAGAAGGAUGGGUUGAUCACGUUCCCGUGCAUCCUGGGGCAUGAAGCCGUCGGUGUGGUGGAGAGCGUCGGGGAGGACGUUGAGGAGGUGGCCGUGGGCGACACGGUGGUUCCCGUGUUCCUGGCGCAGUGCGGGGAGUGCGCCGACUGCCUCUCCGCCCGCAGCAACCUCUGCUCCGCGCUGCCCCACCGCACCGGCCUCAUGCCGCGGGACGGCACCACGCGCUUCUCGCUCGCCGCCACCGGCGAGCCCAUCCACCACUUCCUCUCCGUCUCCAGCUUCGCCGAGUACACCGUCGUCGACGUCGCGCACGUCGUCAGGGUCGGCGGCGCCCUCCCGCCGGAGAAGGCGUGCCUGCUCAGCUGCGGCGUCGCCACCGGGGUUGGUGCGGCUUGGAAGGUUGCGGCAGUGGAGCCCGGCUCGACAGUCGCCAUCUUUGGACUAGGAGCUGUUGGGCUAGCGGUUGCGCAAGGGUCCAAGAUGCGCGGGGCCACGAGGAUCAUCGGGGUAGACCUGAACCCGGACAAGUUCGAGAUCGGCAAGAAGCUGGGGAUCACCGACUUCGUCAACCCGAAUGGCAUCGGAGAGCAGACCGUGAGCGAGGUUAUCAAGGAGAUGACCAGCGGCGCAGGCGCCGACUACUGCUUCGAGUGCAUCGGCUCGGUGUCGGUCAUGGCGGAGGCCUUCAAAAGCUCUCGGAUGGGCUGGGGGAAGACGGUGGUGCUGGGCGUGGACGGCAGCGCUGCGCCCAUCAGCAUACCGUCGUUCGACAUCAUGAGGGGGCGGUCGGUCGUCGGUUCCUACCUCGGCGGGAUCAAGCCCAAGGACGACAUCCCCGUGCUGGCGCACAAGUGCCUGGACAAGGAGCUGGAGCUGGAUGAGUUCAUCACGCACCAGAUGGGAUUCGACGACAUCAACAGCGCGUUCGACCUUCUUGCGCGGGGAAAGUGCCUCCGCUGCAUCAUCUGGAUGGACGGCGCCAAGCAGGGCAACGGCGCGUGAGGUUGAGCCGGACAUGUCUUCCGCCGCAGUACUUCGUUCCGCAGUCGUCAUUGUUGAUCUGGACGUGUGUGAAAGUGAUCUGUGCGACGGUGCUCGCCCUUAGCUGAUUUAUGUUGUUGAUUUGCUUUGGAUGUGCCGUGUUGAUGGUGAAACGUGUUGUAACAGCUACGUGCGCAAAGCGAACUUCUUCUUUGAUCAUGGCGACAAUACGGGAAGCGUUGGCUGCUCCAGCAUACCCUUAAAAAUUAUUCGAUUACGCUCCUUUC